GAUUUUCGUAAUAUCACAACGGAAACCUCUACUCGUCUGCUCAGAUCAAAUUACUUGAAUUAUCAAGAAACAUGUCGAAGGCGUUCAAAGUAAUAUUCGUAGUUUUUUUGGUUGCCGCCGCCAUGACUGCUCUCACUGAGGCGACGGGUUGGGGAAGGGAAUCACCCUGUGACGAGGUGUGUAACAGAAUCGAGCGUGAACGUAACGAGUGCUGCCGCGCGCACGGGCACGCCGUGGCUUCGUGGUGCUACUACGGCCAAAUGUACUGCUACGAUUACUAACAUUCAUCCAAAACUUACAAAUAGCGGUAACGGUAACGUAAGUUUAGCGCUGGCCGAUAUUGCUCAGAAGUCAAGUAUCUCAGGGGAUUACAGAGCAUUUCUUUUUUUUUUUUUUUUUUUUUUAGGGAAUUUUAGGUCAGUUGUACACAGAAUCAUGAGUACUUUCAGUCUCACUGGGAGACAAAAAAUGUCCCAGAAUUUCCAUACAUUUUUGUUACUUUCCUCUUUUGUUACCCCACACAACAUGUACGUAAAAUGGUAACAAAAUAAGAAAUAAUCGUAUGGGACAUUUUUUUUAAAACUACUAGGAUUGAAAAAGCUAGUGAUUCUGAGUAGAAAUAGCAUUUUUUUUUUUAAAUAUCGCAUUUCAUAAAAGUGGCAUAAAAUAAAUGCUCUACAGGGGGCGAAGGGUACGCGACCCCAUCGCAGAUAUCCCCUCCAUAUUUUACUCAGCGCUAAAUUUACGUUCCGCUAUUUGUAAAUGAAAAUUGGGUGUUCUUUUUUCCGAAUUGUCCAAUAUCUAUGGACGUGAAUGUUAAAUAAUCUAGUUUGUUAAGUGCUUCUAGAUUUUUUUCUUCACUUUCAUCUCUUAAUACAAAUUACUUGUUCUUUUCUCUUUACUAGGUACCUAAUGGUUGUUUGGAAUAUAUCGUUUUAGCGAUAAGACUGCCCGUUAUGUGCCAUAGUUUAAGUUUUUUUGCCUCAUAUGUAUAUAUAAACUGUUUUAAUUGGAAUUCAUGAGCAAUAAAAAAUAUUGUAUUGUAUUAAUU